AUGCGUUUCACCACCUUCCUCGUUUCUGGCGCCCUGGCUGCCGUUGCUGUCGCUCAGUCUGGCACCCCUUCUGCCGCCCCUUCUGCCACCACUUCUGCCAGUGCCCCUGAAUCACCUGCCGACAAGUGUCUGAAGGCCUGCGCGGCCAGUGAUGUCAACUGCAAGGCUCACUGCAUCACUGUUCCUUCUCCUGACGAGCAGAACGUCGAAAACACCACCAAGUGUGUUGCGGCCUGCCCCAAGGGUGACGGCAGCCCCGAACAGAGCCAAAAGUACAGUGAUUGCGCUCAGAAGUGCAUCGCGGAUAACUUCUACGCCUCCAGCGAGGGAACUCCCAACCCUACUGGAAGUCCCGGUAACAACGGUAACAACGGUAGCAACGGCAGUUCUGCAUCUGGCUCCGACGCCACGCCCACUGCCACUGCCACUGGCGCUGGUGCUUCUCCUUCCGGCACUGCCUCUGGCACUGGUUCUUCUGGCUCCCAGACCACUGGCUCGGGAUCCGCGUCGGGGACCCAGACUGGCACCGGAGCUUCUGCUACCAAGACUGGCGCCGCUGCCGGCCUCACUCUCGGCUCGUCUGGUGCCUUUGUCGGUGCCCUUGCCGCCCUUCUUGCUCUGUAA